AUGCCUACGUCCAAAUCGUGUGAACUCUCAAGUAUUCCUCCUAAGAAAAGGUCAUCGAUAUCCGAACGAAAUUCAAAGAAAAGAAAAGUAGAAAUGGAUGAGAACGUAGAUAAAAACGACGUAGAAAUGUCAAAACAAGAGUUUUCAACAAUGACCAGCUUUAUUUUUAACGCCAUCACUCUUAAAAACGAGGGCAAUAUGACAAAAUAUAAUGAACUUUUCCGAUUAAUCGGAGAUGGUGUGUGUAAAAACACCUUCGGUUUAAAGAAAACUCAUCUUUGGGUAUUGGCCUUUUCUCGCGCCACACAAAUGCUAGAUUGUUCAUAUUAUAUUGAUUCUAUAUUAAAUAUGUUGGUAAAACAUUUUGUAUUAAGAUUAGAUAAGGAUGGAACAAUACCAGACAAUCUUGAAUUUAUACAUGGUCGUGUACAUUACGCUCUUAAGAAUGUCUUGCCGGUUGUACCGAGUGGGGAAGAAGAAUUAAUUAAAAUCAUUUUCCAAAAUUUUCCAUAUAAAAAGGAUUCCUUAGUUGUGCAUGUAACUUAUCUUAAAAACGUUUUACAAAUGUUGGAAUAUUUACCAACCUUGCAAACUCAAGUUUUGGAAUUAUUAUUUGAACGUUUAACCGAUCUCGAUACUGAAGUGCAGGGGAAAAUGGAAGAAAUUGAGAGUUUCGAAGAAUCCUCUUCCCAAUAUGAUAUCAGCUUUCAUUCCGAGACCAGCAGUACGGUGAGCAGCCUAAGGUCUAAAGGGAGAUCAUACGUGAGCAUUUCGUCUCAUAGUUCAAUUACUGAGGAUCAUAGUGAUGAUGAUAUCAGCAGUUCUUCUUCACCUUGCAUCGUUGUUCUUGAUGUUAGGCAACUUAUCGAAAAAUUAGAUUGCAUGUUAAAACUUUUAUUGGAUUAUCUGAAAUGGUUUUUUGAUAAUUCAACAAAUGAACAACAAGAGGAAUUAUUUGAUACAUUAAUGACAAUCUUUGAGAAGAUCGUCUUAUUAACUUUCAAAUCACGAUAUACCCAAUUUUUGAUAUUUUGGUAUGUUUCAUUGAAAAAAUCAUAUGUUCAACCAUUUCUUGCACAACUGCUUCAUAAAUUGUUGGCUGAUAAAGAACCACCAAUAAUACGGGAAGUCGCUUCACAAUAUGUCGCUUCUUAUAUUGGAAGAGCCGCUUAUUUAAGUACUGACGAUGUUCGUUUAUGUGUUCGAGCUCUACUUAAAUGGGCUGAAAAAUAUUUGGAUUGUUACGAAAAUUUUCGUGAUGUAACCGAUGGUAUACCUCAUUGGUGGCCCGAUAUCAUGAGACUCCAAAGAGUUAUUAAAUCUAAAUUUGCGCCUCUCCAGGUAUGCACCGGGGAAAUUGUAAAAAUGUUUAUUAGGAUAACCGAAGCUUUGCAAUUCAUGAAUUGUAAGGAAGUACUCGGCGAUAGAAUUUACAGGGACUCCAAAAAAGAAUUUUUGGAUAUGAAUGAAUAUUUUCCAUUUGAUCCUUUUCGACUAAAAACAUCUAGAUCUUACAUUAGUUCAAUUUAUCAAGAUUGGAAAGGUAUUCCAGGGGAUUAUGAUGUUGAAUGA